AUGACAAACUUUUCUAAAGCUGAUACUACUACAUCAAUUUUGCAGGGAACAAAUUUUAAUAUGCCCGUUUUAUCUUAUGGGAGAGACAUUAACAACGAAUCAACAAUAAGAAAUGCACUCCAAAGUUCAAUUGUUUCCUUUGGAACAGUUGAACCUAAUAUGUUUUGGAAUAAUAUGAGUGGAUUUCAACCAAAAAUUUCUAAUCCUAUUCCUUUUCAAUCAAAUGCAUUCUUCACAUUACAAAAUGUUCAACAAAAACAAUUAUUGACAUCAUUUCAACAAACACAACAAAUUAAUGUUACUGAAAAAAGCAAUCCAAUGGCGCCGGUUUCUGAUGCCAGUAACCGAAUGCGGCGUAAAGGGGGCCGUGAUAAGCGUCACUGGGCUUGGCAAUUUUUCAAUACUGGAGAACCAUCAGAAAAUGGAGGUCCACCAUCUGCUCAGUGUAAACUUUGUGAAAGUAUAAUUAAAUGGGCAGGAUCGACAAAUAUUGGAAAACAUCUUAGAAGAAGACACAAAGAUAUAUUUCAAGAUGAAUCUAUUAAAACAGAAAUUGUUACAAGCCCUUUAAAUCCAACAGCUGACGGUGUAUCAAUGGCACCAUCUAUUGCUUCACAAUUAAAUAAUAACAAAUUAACAGAUAUUAAAGUUAACAAUUGUACAACUCCAGUAAUUAAAAAAGAAGUCAUAAGUCGAUCAGAAAGCCCUGUUAUAUCAAAUAACAUUAAGACAAUAAAUCGAAUUCAAACUAAUAACAUUCAAUCAUUAAUUAACUCUGCAUCUAAUAACAAUACUUCAAUAACGAAUUCUGUUGGUGCCGCAAAUAUAUGCAACUUGAUUAAUUCUAAAAGAUCAGGAAUUAGUCUUUCUAGACGUUAUUUGGCUUUAUAUCACGCUGCCUAUCCACUUGGAAAUGUAGAAAAUGAAUUUUUCAAGAAAUUUUGUUCUCUUAUAAAUGCUGAAUUACCUGAUAAGAGAACGUUGAAUUUAGAUGCUUUAAAUGAAAUAACAGCAAUCAUAGAUGAUGGAAAAGCAAUGCUUGGAAUGUUAUCUGAAUUGACAAUAUCAAUGAAUGUUGUCAUGUAUAAUGAUAAACCAAUGUGUGCAUUUUUUGCACAUUUUUUACAUCCUGCUGAAAAUAAACCAGUUGUCUUAGCCUUGCGUGUGAUCUCAUAUGAUGCGGUGCCAAAUGCAAAAGAAUUAAAAAAAGAUUUAGAUUCAAUAAUGAAAUUUUAUGAUAUUUCUGAUAAUAUUUUGAGUUAUGUUAUCUUAAAUUGUGGUUUUCAAUUAAUGACACAAUUACAAGAUUUACCACUAACGACACAAGCAGAACAAAAUCGUGUUUUGAUGGAAGUUCUUGCAAAUCUUUUACGUGCCACAACAAGUGGUGAAAAUUUAGAAGAUGUUUGUAAUUCAAUAUCAACAAUGGAGACUGAAUCUAAUAAUAAUUAUGAAGACAAAGAAGAUAAUAAAAAACAAUCAAAUGUAACUAAUUUAAUUUACAAAAAAAGAUUUCAUUACAACAUACAACUAGAAGAAUGUUAUGAUUUAUUUGGUAAAGAAAGAUUUUAUAAAUGUUCAGCUCAUCAAUUAUUUGAAAUAAUUGAAAUAGCUAUUGAAAAAUUUGAUAAAUUAACAAAAUUAAGAGAAAAAGUGCUAGAACUUCUUGCUUUACUUUAUCAAUCUCCUGUAGCUAUUUGUACUUUAUCUAGAAUGGGAAUAACAAAUAUUCCAUUUCCAACAGAUUCAUCAUGGAAUAGUGUAUUAAUUGCUUAUAAUGCACUUGUUGAAUAUCAAACAUAUGUUCAAAUUAAUACAGUUGCUGAAGGACAAAGUUGGAAAACAUUAACUGAAGAAGAUAUCAAAUUAAUGUCAGAGUAUGUUGAAAUUUUUACAAAAUGUAAUGAAUAUCUUGAUAUGAUACAAAAUGGUACAGCGUCAUAUAUAUCAAUGAUAUAUCCUACAUUACAUGCUAUACUUAAUCAUUUAAAAAAAGAUUUAUGGAAUCAAUUAAGUGAUGUACCUAAAAUUUUAGAAAAAGAUAUUCGUGAAACAUUUAAAGAUAUAUUAGAAUCGGGUAAAGGUGAUGCAAAAGAUCAUAUUUUUAUUGUAGCAUCAUUGCUUGAUCGUCGUGCCUCAUGGUUAUUAACUGAAGAUGAAAAAAAACUUGCCAUGACAACAGCAUUAACAUUAAUACAAAAAAAUAAAUCAAAAUGUACAACAAUUGAAUCAUCAGAUGAUGGAAGUCAAAUGGAUUCUAGUGAUAUUAAUCAACAAUUAUUUGGACAAUCAUCAUUGGCUUUAAGUAAUCUUAUUCAUAAUUCACCAUUUAAAGAUCUUGUUCAAGAUAGAUUUACAAGUUCUUCAAUUGAAAUGUCUAUUGAUUCACCAGAAAAAGAAGAAUUAAUAAGAUAUACACGUGAAUGGGCAUCACAACCAGUAGGUAGUGAUUAUACAAGUAUGCAAUUUUGGACAUCUAUGGGAUGGUCAUUUCCAAAUCUUAAUACUAUUGCAUCUUCACUUCUUGUUAUACCAUCAACAGCUACAACACUAGAAAAUAUUAUAAAUGAAGAUACAGGUUCCGUAUCAAAUCCAAGAAAUUCUAAUAAUGUUAAAGUUUCUGAUGAAACAAUGAAUAGGCGAGUAAUUGUUGCUUGUAAUAAAUGGCUUAUUACACUUUAA